AUCACCUGGCGGUUCUCCCAUCCAGUGAGUGCCUGCACCAGCUCGCUGUGUGUCUCCUGCCGCUCUUAGACCCUCCCUCCCUCGGCGGACAUGGACGAACGGGAGUCUAGAAGCUCCGGUGACUGCGGCAUCGGGAUUGAUUCUCAGCUGGCGGAGAAGUAUGAGCGGUACGUGAGAGAAGCAAAACAUCAAGCAAAGAAUGGAAACAUCUCGAAGUCCAUUGAGCUUUUCCAAAAGGCAAACUGCAUAUAUCCCAGUGAGAAACUAAAGGGCCGUAUAGAAAAACUUGAAGAGGCUCUUCAACAGCUUGAUCUAGAGGAAGAACAAGAUGAUGAUGAGUUUGUGGACGUGUUAAGCAGUGGCCUGAUGGUCUACAAGGAUUUGUUUAAUAAGCUGUUUGAGCACCAAAGAGAAGGAAUUGCCUUUCUUUACGGUUUGUACAGAGAUGGACGUAAAGGAGGCAUUUUGGCAGAUGACAUGGGCCUGGGAAAGACUAUCCAAAUUAUUGCAUUUCUUUCAGGAAUGUUUGAUGCUGAACUUGUAAAAUGUGUUUUGCUGAUAAUGCCAACUACACUAAUAAGCAACUGGGUAAGAGAGUUUGAAAAGUGGACUCCAGGCAUGAGGUUUCAUGAGUUUCAUGGUACAAGCAAGAAAGAGAGGACUACGAAACUUGAAAAAAUCCAGAGAAAGGGGGGAAUACUAAUGACAACUUAUCAAAUGUUGCUUAAUAACUGGCAGCAAGUAUCUACCUACAAUGGCAGGGAGUUUGAAUGGGACUAUAUUAUUCUUGAUGAAGCCCAUAAAAUCAAAACCGCAUCAACAAAGACAGCCAAGUCUUGUUACGCAAUACCUGCCAAGAAUCGUAUUCUUCUGACUGGCACACCUGUCCAAAACAACCUCCGAGAGAUGUGGGCACUUUAUGAUUUUGCCUGUCAAGGAACAUUGCUGGGCACUUUAAAGACAUUUAGAAUGGAGUAUGAAAAUCCAAUUACACGAGCUAGAGAGAAAGAUGCCACCCAAGGUGAAAAAGCUCUUGGGCUCAGAAUGUCUGAAAACCUCAUGAAGAUUAUACAACCCUAUUUCCUGCGACGCACAAAAAGUGAUGUGCAAAAGAAAAGGCCACCUGAAACGCAAACUGCUGUGGAGAAAAGUAAUAUCUCUCCUGCAAUGCCAUCUCUUACAAGAAAGAAUGACUUGAUAAUAUGGGUGUACUUAUCGUCCAUUCAGGAAGAAGUGUACCGCAAAUUUAUUUCUCUGGACCAAAUCAAGGAAUUACUAAUGACUACUCGUUCUCCUUUAGCAGAAUUAAAUGUCCUAAAAAAGUUAUGUGAUCAUCCCAGAUUGCUCUCUGCGCGAGCCUGCAUUCAGCUUGGUUUGGAUGAAGAUGAUUACCAGCUUGGAGAAGGUGAUCAUGAGGCACUUACAAAGUUUGAUCAUCUGUCAGAUGAGGCUUUGAUGGAGGAAUCUGGAAAACUGAUGCUUUUGAUUAAUCUUCUACAUAAACUGAAAGAGGAGGGCCACAGAUCUCUUGUCUUUUCCCAGUCACGGAAAAUGCUGGACAUGAUUGCUCGCAUCUUGUGUAACAGGGGUUUUAAGAUAAUGCGUAUUGAUGGUACUGUGUCCUUACCAGAAAGGGAGAAGGUUAUACAAAAGUUCCAGAGCAACAGUACUUAUUCUGUAUUAUUGUUAACAACACAAGUUGGAGGUGUUGGGCUAACUCUCACUGCAGCUGAUCGUGUAAUCAUCUUUGACCCCAGUUGGAACCCAGCUACUGAUGCUCAAGCUGUUGACCGAGCCUACAGAAUAGGACAGCAAGAAAAUGUGGUUAUUUAUAGACUUAUCACUUGUGGAACAGUAGAAGAGAAGAUUUACAGACGACAGAUAUUCAAGGACUCUUUGAUAAGACAAACAACUGGAGAUAAGAAAAACCCUUUCCGAUAUUUCUCAAAGCAGGAGCUAAAGGAGUUGUUUUCUUUAGAGCAUACCAGAACAUCUUCAACACAGAUUCAGCUUCAGAAUAUGCAUGAAGCUCAAAGGAAAACUGACAUUCAUCUAGAUGAACACAUUGCUUACUUGCAUACAUUGAACAUAUUUGGCAUUUCUGAUCAUGACCUUAUCUAUGCACAUGAGGUGCACUCUCAAGAUGACGACGAUCAAUGUGAAGAUGAACAUCAAGGUCAAUACAUUAAACAAAGAGUACAGAAAGCUCACGAGCUAAUGCAGAUGGAAUCACAGAUGAAUGAGCAACUUAUGGGACAGAUCCGAAACGGAACUGAAGGAGCCUGGUUAAGACAAGCUGAUAUAUCUGAGAAACCAAAGGAAAGACGCGUUGCCACUCCAAGGCAGUUCAACUCUCUGCCUGAGACUGUUGACCUCACCGAAGAUGAUAUUGGUAAUGUCAGCUGCCAGAUGACGAGUAUGAUAUUAGGAGAUUCUAGCGGGGAUGAAGUUGAAAAGCUGCCUCCUGCUCCUUUUAUCAGUUCAUUGCCUACUGUUAAAAAUGGAAGUAUUCAUAGUAGUAUGUCUCCUGCUAAUCCAGAGACUGAAAAUGUAAACUAUUCAACAUCCUCCUUCAUUAAUCAUAAAAAUAGUUUUAGUCCUUCUAGUAUAAGAACUGAUGUGGUUAUAAAUGAUGACCAUGCAGAGCCAUUACAUGAAAACCCUGUAUUAGAUUAUGAUACGGCCUUGGCAAUCCGUGAAACCAUGCCGCUGUCUAAACCAUUGCACAAUAUGUCAAAUGAAACUUCAAGUCAUUCUGACUACCUUUGUAGUACAAAUAGAGACCUGCAUACGUCUGCUGUAGAUAUGGAAAAAGACAAUUUUGAAACUAGCCAACCUGUGAGCAGGCCCCAGUUACAGUGUGACUUUAAUCUUAUUCUGGAUGAUUCUAUGGAAAGAGAUAUGUGUAAUGGAUCUGUAGAGGAGUUGGAAAGUUUUAUGGAAACCUCCAUGGCUCAGGAAAAGGAGCCAAUUCUGGUACUAGAAGAUUCUAUAGAAAUUAAUGAACGUAGUAAACACACAGAAUCAAUACAUAGAGCAAUACAAGACUUGGAAGUCCAACAUAGUAUGGAAAACAAUUGUUUUGAGUAUACAGAAAGUAAUGAUGAAAAGAAUGGUUUGAGUAAUAAAAGCAAAACCGAAACUAAUAAUGAGGACUUUCAAUUGAAAAUAGACUUGGAGAGUGAGGAUGAGGAUGAGGAGGAGGAGGAGAUCUACACCACUAAAAGAAAAGUUGUAAAAAGAGUCUUAUCUGAUAGUGAAACAGACAAUUCUGUGUUUCUUAUUGAGGAGAAUGAUGUUAAUUCACCUUUUAACAGUCCUUCCAUGAAAGCAAUAAUUGCUUCUACACCAAAGUUUGAAAAGUCUGUUAGGGGCACACUUUUUCCCCAGGGAAGGAGUAAUGGAAGACGCAGAUCUAUUGCAUCUAGAAGGUCUUUUAUUCAAGUUGCAGUUGAAGAAGCAACAGAUCUUCCAGAUACUAUUGAUAAUGGCAGUGCUGAUGAGAGUGAGGAGGAGGAGGAGGCAGAAAAAGAAUAUUUAAGUGAUGAGGCCAAGGAAGCUGAAGAGUCUGUACAGUUAGAGGAGGAGCCAGUUGGGGAGACUCUACCUCAAGAAGAAAGUAUUGUGCAUUCACAAGAUGAGUAUGAAUCUGAUAGUUUUGUAGUUAAAAGUUCCGACCAAGAGGAAGACUAUAGCACACACGAGUCUACCGGAGAGUUGGAACUUACCUCUGGAGAGCAAGUAGACUGUCUUUCUCAAGAAACCACAAGUGUCCAAGGUGGUGGUAGUACAUUUAAUGACAGCUACUCUUCCCUGGUGAAACGUGGAAAGGACUUAAAAGAUGCUGGAUGUGUGAAAGAAGCAUUAGACUGUUUCUUGAAAGCCCUUGACAUAAAACCAGGGGACAGUGAGGUAAUGAUGAUCACAUUAAACUUAUAUAGACAGUUGUCAUAGCUCUAAAUGUAGACGUCAGACACAUCUAAUCACUUGCUGAACUUGCACAUCUCUGUAGAAAUAGUUCAUAACUAUUGCCUACUGCAUACUUUGUAUUGUUAAAGAUUAUCACCGAGAGCCUCUAACAUUUUAAGGAGACAACUGCUUUUAUUUGGAG